AUGGACGAGGACGGCAUAAAACUGCUUCAGCAGAGGCUGGCCGAACGAACUCGCGAACAUAAAGCAACGCGCGAAGCAGCCCUAGAGAGCAAAUUUCGUAAGCUGCCUGCUCCAAUGUCAUCCAAGAACGACAAACUGGUGCACAACUUGUCGUCAAAGGAGCUGACGGAGGAAUAUAUGCAGGUUUUACGUCAUGAGGUCUCAUUCAACACAGCCGAUGCCAAACCUGCCAAAAUGAUCGCAGCAGUGGAAUCAAUCCUCAGCCAGACGGGCGCGACAGACGAAACGAAGAACGUCAUUCGAUACCAAAAGUCGUCCCUCCUCAUGGCUCAUAGGCGGCGCGACGUGCUUUCCAAGGUCGAGCGCAGUGCACCUUAG